AUGGCAGACGCGCCGAACACCCAGGACGAGCUGUACCCCAUCGCCGUCCUCAUCGACGAGCUAAAGCACGACGAUGUCCUCCUGCGUCUCAAUGCCAUCCACCGCCUCUCUACCAUCGCCCUCGCCCUCGGCGCCGAGCGCACGCGAGAGGAGUUGAUUCCCUUCCUCGACGAGUCUGUCGAGGACGAGGAUGAGGUGCUAGUUGCUCUGAGCGGCGAGCUUGGCAACUUCAUCGAAUACGUCGGUGGUGCCCAAUGGGGCCACGUCCUGCUCUCCCCUCUCGAGAACCUCGCUGCCAUCGAGGAGCCCGUCGUGCGGGACAAGGCCGUCGAAUCCCUCAACAAGAUCUGCGAGGAGCUGUCCUCUCAACAAGUCGAAGAAUACUUCAUCCCUUUGACGGUCCGUCUGUCAAAAGCAGACUGGUUUACCUCUAAGGUCUCCGGCUGCGGCCUUUACACAACUCCCUACAAGAAGGUGUCCCCCGGCGUCCAAGAAGAGCUCCGAAAGCAGUUCGGCCAGCUCGUCCACGAUGAGACGCCUAUGGUCAGACGCCAGGCUGCAACGAACCUAGCAAAGUUUGUCAAGGAGAUGCCAGCUGCUGUCGUUGUUGAAGAGAUGAUACCCCUUUUCCAGCACCUCGCUCAGGACGACCAGGACUCCGUUCGAUUACUCACCGUCGAGAUCCUUAUCUCUAUCGCCGAAGUCGUUCCCAAGGAGCAACAGUCAAGUCACGGUGUUCUCCUCACCUCCCUGCGGAAUCUGAUCGAGGACAAGAGCUGGAGAGUCCGGUAUAUGAUUGCAGACAGAUUUGAGAAGAUUUCCAAGGCAGUUGAUGAGGAGGUUGUUUCAAGAGACUUGGUGCCUUCGUUUGUCAAGCUCCUGAAGGACAACGAAGCUGAAGUUCGAACCGCGAUUGCUGGACAAAUACCUGGAUUCUGCGCUCUCGUCGACAGAACUGUUCUUCUCAACGACAUCAUGAGCAGCGUCGAGGACCUCGUUUCCGACACGUCUCAGCACGUCAGAGCCGCCCUCGGAACCCAGAUUAGUGGCCUUGCACCCAUUUUGGGCAAGCAAGAAACGAUCGAUCACCUUUUGCCCAUGUUUUUGCAGAUGCUGAAGGACGAGUUUCCCGAAGUCCGCCUUCACAUCAUUUCAAAGCUUGAGCUUGUCAACCAGGUUAUCGGUAUUGACCUGCUCUCGCAAUCUCUACUCCCCGCCAUUGUCCAACUUGCCGAAGAUAAGCAAUGGCGCGUGAGGCUGGCUAUCAUCGAGUACAUCCCUCUGCUUGCCAGUCAGCUGGGUGUCAAGUUCUUCGACGAAAAGUUGAGCAACCUUUGCAUGAGCUGGCUUGGCGACACAGUCUUCUCCAUCCGCGAGGCAGCUACGCACAACUUGAAGAAGCUGACUGAGGUUUUCGGAGUUGAAUGGGCGAGUGAGGCGAUCAUUCCCAAGGUUAUGGCUAUGGGCAACCACUCCAACUACCUUUACCGCAUGACGACCUGCUUUGCCAUCACUACUCUUGCCUCGGUUGUAAGCAUGGAAGUCAUCGCCGACAAGAUCCUGCCGAUGCUUGACAAGCUCGUUGAUGAUGAAAUUCCCAACAUCCGCUUCAAUGUCGCGAAGACAUACGGCGUUCUCAUUGACGUUCUGCGCCGCUUGCCGGACGAGGGCACUAUCUCUUCGCUGGAGAAGGAGGGUACCAGCUUCAGCCCGUCCCCCAGAGGUAUGGAGCUGAUCCAGUCGCGCGUCAUCCCUAAGCUCGAGAAGCUGCAAAAGGAUGAUGACGUUGACGUGCGGUACUUUGCGACAACGUCGGCGAACAGCGUAUCUGGAUCUGCUGGCGAGCCUAUGAAUACAUCACCAUAG